AUUUCCUAGAAAAGAAAUGCGCAACCUGCGGCUUCGUAGUAAUAAAUAGCUUUGUUCGGAGGUAUUUUACCAAAACUUGUUCUCUCGCGAAAAAGAGAUGGAACAGUCUAAAAGAGAUGUAUUGACGGCUCAUCGGGUUGUAAUCGCGGACAACCUACAAGAAAGAAGAGUAAUAGAACAACUCCUUGCCGAAGGUGUUUUGGACCAAACUGAUAGAGAAGAAAUACACGCAGAAACGUCAAGAUUCGGUAAAUGCUGUUUGCUGUUGGAUAAGCUUCCUCGGAAAGGCCCUAAUGCGUUUGACCGUUUCUUGCAAGCUCUCAGACUUUCUGGCCAGGGGUUUUUGGCGGAUAAGUUGUCAGGUAAAUUAAUCAUAAGCUUACAAAGCGGUAAACGAUCACGUUCAUUGAUCAAAUCAAAAUGAACGCAGAGGGCGUUACAAUGUAUGAAUGAGCGUUUGCCGCUUUAAUAUUCCCUUAGCGUUUGAUUGUUUGAACUGAAAAGAUAAAUAUUAUGUGAGGCUAAUAUCUCCACUAAUCUCUGUGUGAAUAAAAUUUUGUAUAAAGUUAGAUCGAGAAUCGUGGGUGCUAUUAAUGUGGUGCCACAAAACAGCAUGGAAACAAACCGCGUCGACUGAUCCCGGUCAUUUUGAUUUUUGGAAAGCAGCAGUAGUUUCUACGUAAAAACCUCCACGCCUAAGACUGAGCGUGGGAGCAAAAAGACAUCGUCUUUAUAAACGUUCAAAUCCUUGUAUUUUCUGAUUGACGUGGUUCGUGUGGGUGCGUGAAUGAUGUGCGUAAAAUAGCAAAGUGGAACAGGGAGAUCAAGUUCCAGACCAUUGAACAAGACUAGUAAACAUAACAUCAAAAGUGUUGGGAAGGCAGCUACUUUUCACCCCCGUUUUUUUCCCUUUCUCCCCCCAGUCCUAGUCCAAUGUUGAACAAAACUUUGAUGUUUGUGCUGGUAAUUGUUCUGUUAUGGUCCCAACAUUGAAUGUGGGUGGAUGGGGGGUAAUAGUAAAAGGGAAAACCAUCUUUUUGAACAUUGAAAUGAACUACUGUUAAGUUGUACAACCUUCCCAACUACUUUUGUCUGGAAUGGUAGCCUGGCUGCAUUGGAAGCUAGCUUGCCUACUUUGGAGGCUAGUGGGAGGCUAUUGUACCUUGCCUUUAUCUUGACUAUUGAACAACAAGGUGGAGACUGGCAAAUUAAAUGCAUGCACAAUAAAGAAUAUUAGAAUAUGAUUUAUGCACCUAUCAAUGGUUUGCCCCAGGAUGGGGGGGCCGGGCAACCCACGGGAAUUAGACUUCGUAAAGCGCACGUGGGUGGGGAUUUUGACAUCCACAACGGUCCCCAGGGUGGAAAAUUUGACUCGACCGCCAUCUUGAAAAGUGGAGAGGACUUGGGAAUGAGUGAGUGGUCCGCCAUCUUGCAAAAUACCCAGAAGUCAUUUCAGCGAGUUUCCCACGUCAAAGGAUGGCUGAACGAAAGGUAAGGAGUAUCGUGUUGCUUUUUUUAAGCAAAAAUGUUGUUUUUUAUACCCAUCAGUUCUCUGUCUUUAAAGUUCUAAUAACAUAAGGCAUUUAAUCCUUCAGCUUUGAGAAGAAAUAUUCACACAAGAGCUCAUUUAGAUCAAAAUUUACUUCCUACUUACCUGUCUUCAGAGGGUGCCGCCCUGCCUCAAGUUUUCGAUACUCUCUGUGUUUACAGAUUUGCUAGUAUACUCCAAAUGUUAAAUUAAAUGAAAUUCUGGUGGUCCCCAGGGGUGGGAAUUUGACUUACAAUGGAGACCCAAGGGUGGGGAAAUUGACAUUUGAAAACCUGAAAAUGUCCAAUUUCCCGUGGGUUGCCCGGCCCCCCCAUCCUGGGGCAAACCAUUGAUAGGUGCAUUACUAUAAAAAAAUACAGGGCAUGUAUGUGCAGAACUUACAGUGCAGGCUCAGGUUAAUGGUGAGCAGUAGGAUUAAAGGGAAAGAAGCCAAGAAAGAUAAAAAGUAAGAAAAAAACAACAACAACAACAAAAAACAAACAAAAAAAAUUCAAAAGCCUGUCUCAUUUUGCUUGUGAGGGAUAUUCCUUACCACUGUAUACCAGGAUUGGUUAAUUCAUCAGUAAUAUUGAUAACAGGGGUGUAACCAGGGGUCCAGGUAUCUACAAGUGGAAUUGCAUUUGAAUGAACUAUAAUAUAACAUAACCAUGCAAACAUUAUAUGCAUCACUUGGUAUUAUUUUAUAGGAGAAUCCAGCACAGGAGCAAAUUUAAGCCCAUCAAGGUCAUUUGGUCUCCCAAACAAGGUUCCUAAAUUUGUUGGCAGGUCAGAUGUUUGUGAGGAAAUCUCAGGGCUGCUGACUUCUCUAGAAACAACACUCGUAUCUCUGAUUGCUCCACCUGGAUUUGGAAAGACAGCUAUUGCGAUUACUGUAGGCCAUGAGAUGCUAGAAAAGGGAAAAGAUGUUUUGUAUGUUUCCUUAAGAAGAGUGGACUCUGUAGAAGGUGCGGCAAAGAGGUUGCUCGAGGCGAUAGGCAUCCCAGUUGACAAGGAUCCUGUCGCGCAAGUAAAAAGUUUCCUCUCAUCCCUUAAAAAGGAAACCAUGCUAGUCCUGGACAAUGCUGAGGACUUGCAAAAUGCAGACAAGCCUGCCUGUAAUCAGUUUUUGGAGGUAGUUGGUGAACAUGGAAAAAAUCUUGUUAUUUUAAUAACAAGCAGGAAUCCAUUGUCACUAUUUGAUUUUCCUUUCAAAAAGCAUCGCAUUCCUCUGAAGCCUUUAGAUGAUGAAGCAUCAUUUUUCUUUCUGAAACAUUAUGCUCCUAACAUUUCAGACCAGCUUGCAAGACAUUUUGCAAAGCCAAAGGUGUGUGGUGGUGUUCCUUUGUUUUUGAAAUUGACAGCAUCAUUCUUGGAAAGCAAGACAAUCGAUCCCAUAGAUCUUCACAGAAAGCUUAAAAACUGUCCACAUGGUUUUCUGAAAGUAAAGGAUCCUAACAUUCAAGAAUUUUUCUCCCUUCUUAAGGUUUUCUACAAUCAUUUACACCCUGAAGUGAAAAAGGGUCUUUCUUGGCUAGCUGCAUUUCCUUCUGUUUUCACCAAAAUGGAAGCAAAGAAUGUUUUGUUUCGCAAAGAUGAUUACUUGGAUUUUCAAAUCUUACUUAACAGUUUAGUGUCUCACUCAGUGGUUCAAGAAGAAGAAGUUGACAAUCAUCAGCAGUACAGUCUGCAUCCAUUGGUGCAAGCUUUUUGCAUUGCAUGCAGAGAGGAUGAGUGUAAAGGGUACAACAUGGCAAUCAAGCUUUUCUCAUGUCAUUAUCUCUCUCUAUUACAACAACUGAAUGAUGAUUUCAUUACCACUAACUGCAAGGUUGCCAUAGACAAGUAUCAGAUGAACAAAGCAAACAUUGCUCACGCCCUUUCAGCAUCAACAGAGGAUGAAAUUUUAAAAUGUUAUGGAAUUAAUGUGUCAACAGAGGCUGUGAAUUUCCUGGCAAAAGUCAUGAACCAGGAUGAAUUUAUGUCAACAUAUGACAAGUUUCUGGAGGUUGCAGAAAUGCUGCCUGACAAAACUCUUUACAGUGAGUGCCUUGUGUCCAUUGGAUUCAAACAGCUUUGUUAUUAUGGCUACAAAGAUGCCUAUCGCACAAAAGCCAAAAUGAACCUUCAAAAAGCACAUGAUCUGCAAAUUGAUCUUGGAAUUUAUGACACAGAAUGUCAAGGUCACUGCAAGUGUAAGCUAGGGCUUUGCACUUUUCUUGCUGGAGACAGAAAGAAAGGCAUCUCCCUCAUUGCACAAGGUAUUGGUGUGCGUCGCAAGUUGGUGCGCUCUAAUCACUCAGGAAAAAUGGAACGGAUGCUUUUAGCAGGUGGAUUCUGUGACCUGGGAAGUAAGUACUUAUUUUUACAGAAGUAAAUGACGUAGAUGAUUUUUACAAAAAUUAUGUGUAUGGUUUUAGUAAAAGUGCUUAGACGUUAUCUGUAGUUUACAAGCACUCCACUCAGAUAAUCAUAUUUCGAUGAAAGUCUUGUGAUACAAUAAACAUCGAAUUAAAAUCCCAAUGGGUCAGAGACAAUGCGGUUGGCUAUUUUCAUGCAUGAUCAAGAACUUAAACUUGGGUCAAACUGAGAAACUAAUCCACAGCUAGUAGGACUUAAAUGGGGACUUGCAACAUGUUGUCCCCGUAUCAAUGGCUUUAGCUUAAUUUUUCCCAGGUGAAACUCAAAGGGUACAGAUUUAUGUGUAUAAAGGACAUCAGUGACCAGCCUGCAAAGAAAGCAGUGUCUGAUACCCUGGGGCUAGUAGAUUUUGCUAUUGAGCUGGUGAAUUCUGUUCUUUGUUAACUUGCCACAAUGAGCAAGUUAAGUUUUUGGGGGAGUUCAAAUAUCAGAGAAGAACUGUAAUCAGUGCUCAUCAAAAAAUUUUUUGUGAGCUAGUUGAAAUUACUUUUUGGCUAGUUCAUGUCAGCUACAGCUUGCCUGGAUGGCAAGUUGUAAAUCUGACUUUCUUUGCACCCUGCAUCUGGUGACUUUUGAUAAACUGCAAGGUUUUCCUGCUACUUGGCCUUUUUUGUUGUUGCACAACAAAUUACUGGACAAAGUAUUAUACUCAACAUCAAGGGUUUCAUAAGGCUUUACUCUAUGAACUCAUCAGUACCUUCACUAGAAAAGGUUUAGUUCUACAUUACAGUCAAGCCUGGGCAAGCAUACCCCCAAGAUGCCAUUAAGAAUCAAUUUAUUAUGAUUCAAAAGUUGAAUUAAUUUGUAGUUGUACAUGUAGAUUUCAGAUUCGUUUCUGCAUUCUUGCAUGUGUAAUGAAUUGUGAAACACAUAAGGCAGUUGUGAAAUUUCUACCAGCUCAGUUUCUCUGUACUGAUAAAUAUGUCUUCGAAGCAAUUUUAUCCAUUCAAAGAUUUUCAAUCUGACCAAAUAAAGAGAAGUUCUCUUAAAAUAUCCACUGCUCUUUAUGCAUGCAGGAAUGCCAAUUUGAAUUUGACACUAGUCAUGGGAAUGACUUGUGGAUUCAUUUUUCAAAUAAUCAAUUCAUUAACAGAGUCUUGGAGGGUGUGCUUGACCUGCCUUGACUGUAUCAAGUAAAAACUAACGAGAAGAACCAUUUUUCAGCAGUCAUUAUGAUGUCGUUGUUCACAUGAUUUUCCUUGUUUUUCAUAGUGUGUCCCUCUUAUAAAUGUCACAAUAUAUUCUUACUAUGGGUUUUUCUAUUUUUCAGUGGCCUUGUUUACAAGCGGUCAGCACAAGGCAGCUCUCAAUAUUUGGGAGAAUAUAUGUUUGGUCAAGUACCGUGAGCUGUUGGGUACGCACCCCUUCACUGCCUCACUGUUGGACCACAUUGGUAAAAUUUAUCAGGCCCUUGGUAAACCUCGGCGAGCUGUUUCUUUGAAGAAAGAGUCUCUUAGAAUGAGACACUUACUGUUAGGUAUGCAAGGUUCAUAGUUUUGAAAUGGAAGCAUUAUAUAAACACCUUAAUUUUUUCUAAUAACCUGCUCAUAACAUACAAUUAAUAUGUUAUAACUUUAAGGUAAAUUAUUAAACAUCAGGGAUUAAGAGAAAAUUUGAUUUCAGACUUUUCCUUUGGGCAAGCAGCUCUUGCAUCUUGCUUGUCCAUGACCACUGCUAGAUUUUCUUAGUUAAUGAUUUAUCUUGUUUGUAUUAAAUCUCAUGGGUCUCUAGUAUCAUUUGCCCUGUGAAAUGUUAUCCGAAUUCCAGAAUCCAGGAAAUUUUUGCCCAUGGAAUCCAGAAUCUGGGAAUUUUUUUCUUGUGGAAUCGGAAAUUCUGGGCUUUGGAAUCCAGAAUUGAGCUUACAGAAUCCAGAAUCCAAGUUACACUGACAAGGAAUCCAGAGUCCUUCAACUGGAAUCCACAUCAUGGAAUCCAGAAUCUAAGACUUUCUUGGAUUAUCUUAUACACGUAAAACAUGUUUUGCAUAAUGUUAAUUCAUUACAGACCUUACAACUCCCUAACCCAAUCCUGCUAUCAAUUUUUUGAAUUUUUCAGGUGAUGAUAAUCUUGACACAGCCAGAGCUUAUUAUGGUUUGGGCUGUGCCCUUAAGGGGUUAGGAUCCACACAAGAAGCGUUGGAGAAUUUUAAGAAAGCCCUAGAGAUCCAGUGUCGUGUUAUUGCUUCCAAAGAAGAUAUUGAGAGAACUAAACAAGAGAUCAAUUCUCUACGAGGAAGUGAUGUAAGGGCAGAGUCUACAUGUCGCAGGCUUCAAGAGUUGCACCUUGAAACCCCAUGUAAUAACUUGUCCCAUCACAGUAUGGCAUGUUGAUUCAGGAUGUCACUGGAUUUGGUAUAGUGCUCUACUCACAUGUUUGUGUUUUGAACCCCUUCAAGUAGCCUGGGACCAGGCCCCAUAGUGGGAGAAAAAGGCCAUUUGAGGAGCGGAGUGGUGGACUAGGGACCGGGAACCAGGCUAUCUGUAUGUAGUUGAAUAAGCACCCAGUAGCAGUAAAUGUUUUCAGACAAACAGCUCUCUUCUGUAGAAUUCUUUAUAGUAUACAAUCAGCCCUACUGCUAGUCAAUGAGGCCUGCAGUGCAGAUUACAUAACAGGUUGCAGUGUGCUUACAAAGUAUCUUUUCUAGAUACAGUUCCCAGACACAACUAAGCUGUGGUCAACAAAGCACUGACCCCCAGUUCGUUGACUAACCUGAUGAACUACCCAUAUGGACUACCUUUGAAUAAUUUUACUGUUGGUUACUUCAUGUACUUACCAUUAUAGUCUAUUCAAAAGGCAGUCCGUAUGGGUAUUCUAUUUUUUCAGUCCAUGGGAAGGGUGCUAGUGGUUUUUUCACCACUAACAAGGCACCAAAAUUGGCUUACGUUUGUCUAUAAAGCAGUCUAUACGCGAGUACCUUGCAAACAUUACAAUACCUUACAGUUUUUUGCUUUGCCUACAAGGUUUCUCCGCCCUUUCGUUCCUAGGUAUCGCACACAAGCACUUGUUAAUUACGUACAAUUAAUGGUACAGUGGCCAGACACUUGAACUUCAAGCCCCGUAAUGGAAGUUCAUGUAAGAGCCGUUGUAAGGUGUACAUCGGUGAUCCCAUUUCUGUCGGAUGUGACCUCUUUUAGUCUUGCAUACCCUGUGGCUUGCAGUUAUUAGUGGAUGUAUGAGGAAAAUUGUAAGGCCGGUUUCCUCACAAUGUAAUCGUCUAUGGCGGUAUUAUUAGUUGAGUUAACCUCAUUUGUAUAUUUAUUGUCACCAGGUUAAAGUUGCUUGGCAACAGCCGUUAGAAAAAAUUUCAAACGUUAAACGUUUAUAUAAAAAUGUACGUAAUGUAAUGUCUUCUUCAUCUUACACAGGCAGAUGACUGUUAAGGGUUUAGUUUAGUACGUUGAAAUAAUUUGAAGGUAUAAUUUUUUGUGCUAGACUCGCUGAAACAACGUUCGGUUUUUCUUUCAUCGCAUUUUUCAGGGGCACCCAACGAGAAUAUAGUUCAAAACCAGUUAAACAUAGCAUUGUUAAUCGUAUUUUAGUAUUUAAACGGUAGAUAUAGGCAUAUUUUUAUCCUCUAAAAAUUCUUCAUCUGUUCGGAUUUCCUAGCUGAAAGUCUAGUGAUCCGAAAAUUAUAGGGACCAAAACUUACCUUUUCGAAAAUUUCAGCCAGAAAAAAGGCUUCUGAAAAUUCUAGGUGACCUUUUUAGGGUAAAAAUCUAUUAAAAAUGCGCAAUUAUACCAUUUUUUAGAUGUUCGAAAAUCCUAGGAGAGGCAAGCAAGCAAGAAAUUUUACAAAAGCUGUUCCGAAAAUUGUAGAUCUCAAAUCGUCUUCCGAACAGAUAUUUUCUGAAAAGUGACGUUGGGUGCCCCCGAUUUUUUCCUUCCGAGUCAUACGCUGAAAAAGAUUCAGUCCACUCCAGAAAUAUUCAGAACCGAGGCUUUUAAUUCAGUGUUCUGUCACUUUUUGAAAACAUAAUAAGCAGAUUAAUUGGAGAGGGUUAGCCUAUUCACGUGAACAUUUACGCUUCCAGAAUUUGCUCGUAACCAAUUCAAAAGUAAAAUACAUGCAUACGAGAGGUUUUACUCAAAAGAGUAUUGAGAGGAUUAAUUCCGUUUGUUUGCAAAGCAAACUAAUUUGUAAAAUAAAUUAGUAUUUCUAACGAUAGUGUAGCAUUUUUUAAAAAAUGAACAUAGUUUUAACUUGUGUGUCAAAUACGUUGUAAGUUAGUAAAUAGCAUUGCUACAUUCUUAUUACAGUUGAGGAUAACGUGAAAGACCGCCUUGAAAAUUCAGACCAUUGUGCGGCGUAUUUCGCACGAGGUGAUGGAUCGGAAAUAAUCGAGGCCGGUCGCUUAAGGGAACUUCUUACGUUCGGUUAUGUAAAUGUUUCUUAACUCUGUAUUGUGGUAC